UUUGCUUCAAAUAUACGCAACCACGCCGUCUUUAGACCCCAAACUGAGAAGAGGGAAAGGAAAUCGAUUAGCAGGAGUAAGAAGCUGCUAGUUUGACAUCGAUGGCGUCAGGAGGAGGGAACACGGUGGAGUGGCAAGUGCGGCCGCCGAAUCCGAAGAACCCAAUCGUAUUCUUUGACAUAACCAUCGGUAACAUCCCCGCCGGCCGCAUCAAGAUGGAGCUCUUCGCCGAUAUCGCUCCCAAAACCGCAGAAAAUUUCAGGCAGUUCUGCACCGGCGAGUACAGGAAAGCCGGGUUGCCUGUGGGUUACAAGGGAUGCCAGUUCCAUAGAGUGAUUAAGGAUUUCAUGAUUCAGGCUGGUGACUUCUUAAAGGGUGAUGGUAGUGGAUGUAUUUCCAUCUACGGACAUAAGUUUGAUGAUGAAAAUUUUGUUGCCAAACACACCGGUCCUGGUCUGUUAUCAAUGGCAAAUAGCGGACCAAAUUCUAAUGGUAGUCAGUUCUUUAUCACUUGUGCAAAAUGUGACUGGCUUGACAAUAAGCACGUUGUAUUUGGGAGGGUACUUGGAGAUGGUCUUUUGGUUGUCAGAAAGAUUGAGAAUGUGGCUUCGGGACCCAACAAUCGGCCUAAGCUCGCAUGUAUUAUUGCUGAGUGUGGGGAAAUGUAAACUUAGUUGAGAAACAUGCCUAACAUAAAUUAUCUCCACAACCCAUAUAGAGCUGAUUCUCCAAAUCAAGUGAGACCAUUAUCAAUAGUGAUUUCCUUCAAUUAACGGAAAACAUGUUAUCAUUCUCAAUAUCACGUUUCUGCUAAAUGGUUUUUUCUUCACUCAGCUAUAGAAGUCUCAAUCCUGUUUGUGUGUGCA